ACUAAAAGAUCCAUUUGUGUUUGUGUUGUGAAUGUUGUGAUUUUUAGCCUUUUAAACAGUGCCUUAUUUUUAUUUUGUAAAGAUGAUUAAAAUAAGAAGAAAUACAAUAGUGGUUACCACAGCCGUAAUAUUCAUAUCGUUGUUGGCUACAGGGGAAGCUGUAAGAUGUUAUCAAUGCAGUUCUGACGAAGAUGGCCUUAAUGAAGACAACUGUGGGGCAUAUGCGAAGUUCGACACGAGACGCCACAUUGCCAUUGAAUGCAACAGCGAAGAGAGUCACAUGCCCGGAUCUUUUUGCAUGAAACUGACCCAACAAAGUCCUAGAGGAUUUAUUUGGGAUGGUAGGUGGAGACAAGUGAUUCGACGUUGUGCCUCUGUGGCCGACACAGGGGUGACGGGUGUGUGCAACUGGGGGGUGUACGAAAAUGGAAUUUAUUGGGAAGAGUGUUAUUGUUCAGCCGAUGAAUGUAAUUCAGCUGAUUUGAGUACAAUUUCUAAUGUUGUGUUGUUUAUCUCAGUUGCAAUUUUGCUGUUUAGGCAAUUUUAAAGUUAACCUUUUUUUAAUGAUUUUUUUUUUAAUUAAGGAAAUAGUAAAACCCUUAAAGCAGCUAUACUGUUUACAUUAAAAUACUCUUUGAAUCUCAAAUAUUAAGGUUUAAAAUUUAAUUUAAAAGUACCAAAAUAAAUUUGUAAUUUUUUAAAUUUGUAUACCUAUUAUAAUAUUGUUUAUUUAUCUUGUACAGUUUACUCUCUUUGUUUCUAUUGUAGAUUUUUUUAUUGUGUUUUACAUGAACAAAUCCGUCCAAAAAACUGACAAGGUAAUGUCGUACUAUAUAAGAAUUUUUUUGUAAUUACCAAUAAUCUCAUUUUAUGCAGUCCAUUCCAAAAUAUUUAUAAGUUGUUAAAUAUGUGGAUACAUUUAAGUAAAAUAAUG